UUCUAGGAAACAGUUGAAAGCUCCAGAGGCCACCGAAGAACUAAACUGCACUGUGGAUGCCUCCACAUAGCGGGGACGCGGGCAGUUUGCACCAGAGGGGAAAACGGGAUUCUCUUUGUGAAGGAACUUCUGCACCUGUUGGCAUUCUAACGGGACUUUCAGCUGAAGGACUGCUGGGUCCAGAUUUCUGCACUGCCAACCACGGGGAAGCUUCGUAUUUCAGUAACCAUCCUGUCAUUUGUCAGUUGGAAGAAGAGCCUGGGGACUCCCUGUGGAGGAAUAUAAAAAAAAAUCUGUGAAGUUUGAACAAACGGCCUUCUCAAGAUGUACCGAGUCUCUCAACUGAUGUCGACACCAGUAGCAAAUUCCACCAGGUCACACAAAGGACAUUCUGGAGAGCUGUCCCCCACAUGCAUUUUCCCAAGCUUUGAUUGUGGCUUCUUGGAUGGAGAGAGUUCUUUUGAAUGCUGCUCCAUAGACCCCCUGACAGGCUCCCACUAUGUCUGUCGCAGAAGCCCCAGACUCCUCACCAAUGGCUACUACAUUUGGACUGAGGACAGUUUCCUUUGUGACCCAGAGGGCCACAUCACUCUGAACCCCUCCCAUACCAGUGUUAUGUACAAGGAGAACUUAGUUAGAAUAUUUAGAAAGAAAAAGAGAACCCACCGUUCUCUUUCUUCUCUCCUGGACCUCAGAGCCUCUAAAUCUUGGCUGCAUGGAAGUAUCUUUGAAGAUGCUGAUUCACUUCCAAGUGAGGACAUUUGGCUGGAGGGCAUCAGAAGCUUGGGAAGUGAUCUGGACUGUUCUUCCCUGAGUGAUGGAUGGGAGUCUCAGAAGCCAAUCACAGACACUUCAGAAGCCUCCUCUUCUGGCCACAUCUUGUCUCAGUAUCUCAAAGAAAGCUCCAAGAAUUCCUCUCUUCAGCCUCAGAUGAGAACAUCAGGACAUUUCCAAAAGAACAUUUCGGUGCAUUCAAAAGCUAGUCUGAUGCAUAAGAUCUCCUUUCAAGCAGUCCUGCUCACAGUGUGCUUAAUCAUCUCUGCAUGUGCAAGGUGGUUUAUGGGAGGAGAAUUAGCCGGCAUCUUUACCUGCACAGUGGUGGUCACAACAGCUUACAUUGCGAAGCCACUGUUUCUCAGCCUUGCCAGAUAUUUCAAAGCCACCGCCUGGGCUAAAUUUGACAGCCCUUGAGGAAUAUUGGUAAUGAAUGUCUUCAAUCUGAACAUCCGGAAACACAAUUUGUAGUCUCCUUGGAAUGAAUCAACCACUUUAUUGGAAGGGGAUGAGUAAAUGGAUAACUGAG